UUUUCAUAUGCUUUCCCUAACUUUAAUUGGAGUUUAGUUUUGCUUUAAAACUCUUGAAAAAGAAGCAAUGCUUGCUAUAUAUCUAUAGGGUAAAACAAUGAACAAGAAAACAAGAGACUGUAGUUUCCGUAGGGACUAAGACUCUCGAUACAUUGCUCGCUUUAAUUUACUUUUGAUUGACUUGUAGUCAGUGUGUUCUUUCCAUCUCAGUCUUCAGGAACCUGCCCCAUUUUUUCAUUGUUUCUUUGUAAGUUGAAGAGUUUUAUUUUGUUUCCUUACUAUCGGCUUCGUCAACUGAUUUUACAGACGCUUACUAGAGAGGUGAAACGAUGGAGAAAACUGUGGAGAAAACUGAAGAAGAAUUAGUUGCUGGUAGAAGCUUGGUAGAUUUGGUGUUCUCUUGGUCUAUCGGGGAUGUACUUAACAAAGAUCUUUACAGAAACCAGGUAAUGAAGAUACCAGAGACGUUCAUGUCAAUAAAACAUUACAUGAAGUCAUUCAUUCCCGCACUAAUCGAGGAAACUCGUGCAGACUUAUGCUCAAACAUGAUAAUGAUCUCCCAAGCACCUACAAGAGAAAUCUUUUCAGUGGGAAUGGAUAAAAAGAAUAAGCCUCCGGAAGACUUGUUUUAUAACAUCUGGUUUGAAAAAAUGAGAAACAAAGCCAAUGGGAAAGAAAUAUAUGAGCCUGACGUUGGAGAUCUCCUUGCUUUGACAGAUGUAAGACCGAAAGACAUUGAUGACUUGAACAGGCCUGGGUUUAACUAUCUUCUUGCAUAUGUUCAUGGACUAUCUCUAGCGAAAGAUGAUGAAGAUAAAUAUGACAUUUUGUCAAUUCUCACAUCCAAACCCAUUCAAUUUGAAUUAGAAGACCGGGAAAAUAAAAAGGAGUCUGUCAUUGCUGGAAAAGGAAGGCGAAAGAACAUGAAAGCUAAUCUCUUUGUUGUUUACCUAGUGAACAUGAUGACAAAUAUUCGUACAUGGAGAUCAUUGAACUCAGAGCUGGAAGGAGGGAACAUGAACGUUAUCCAGAAUGUGCUUCAUACUAGCUCAGCUGAUGGCCAAGAUUGCACUCACUGCUUAUCUGAAGUGAAUAGAAGUGCUACACUUUCUGGUAUGGAAGAAACCACAAUCAACUCUUCCAAUUUAAAUGGCUCACAGCAAGAUGCAAUUGUAAGCUGCAUUGAUCUGAGUGAAUGCCAACAUCAAAGUACUGUCAAACUAAUUUGGGGCCCUCCGGGGACUGGCAAAACAAAGAUGAUUGGUUUAUUAUUGUUCUCUCUCCUUAAAUUGAAGUGCAGGACCCUUACAUGUGCUCCAACCAAUAUUGCUGUGGUGGAAGUAACAUCGAGACUCCUAAGGCUAGUUACAGAUUCUCUUGAAUAUGAAACUUAUGGGCUUGGAGAUAUAGUUCUCUAUGGGAACGGAAAGCGAAUGAAGAUCUCCGAGAAUGAUGAUCUUGAAGAUAUAUUUCUUGACCAUCGUGUUAAAGUACUUCAAUAUUGCUUUAACCCGUCGAAUGGGUGGAAGCACACUGUAGACUCAUUGAUAAAGUUGCUUGAAGAUGCUGAGCAUCAGUACCGCCGUUACUUGGAAAAUAUGGAGAAAAAAAAUGAGGAGGGAGAGAAAGAGGAUCAGGAUGAUGAAAUGCUUGAAAUUGAAGAGAUAGAAGUGGUCAAUGAUCAAAACAAAAAGGGCAGGAACAGAGUUCUUCUUCAGGCCUUGAAAGAUUACAUGAUGGUCAACGAUCAAGAAAAAAAGGGCAGGAACAGCAGGAAAGUUUUGAAGAAAGCUCUUAUUCAGGCCUUGAAAGAUAACAAGACAAAGGAAAAACAGAAACAAAAUAAAGAUGGCAAGGUAAAGAAGGAAGUUAUUCUCUCUUUCGAGGAAUUCGUAAAGGAUAGUUUCGAAUUCCUUAGCGCGAAGUUGGAUGUUUUAAUUGUAGAUUUGUAUACGCACUUGCCAACAUUUAUCAUUUCAUUAGAAGUGGUGAAGAACAUGAUCAGAGCACUUGGUUCACUCAAGUGCUUCAAACCCUUGCUGUGUAGUGUUAGUGUUGGAGAUGAAGGUCUAAAACAAGUCCUCAGUGAUUUUGAAAAUGAAGGAAGCGGCGCUGGUCAAUUUUCACGGUUGACCUUUAUGAGAAAAUAUUGUGUUCAGACACUGAAUUCACUUCCUCGAGUAUUUGACAUUCCCAAUAUUUUUGAAGUUGAAGGUAUAGCAGCAAGAAACUUUUGCUUGGGAAAUGCGUGUCUGGUUUUCUGUACUGCUUCAAGCUCUGCCAAGUUGCACACAGAAGGAGUGACACCGAUAAAAUUGUUGGUUAUUGAUGAAGCUGCCCAGCUUAAAGAAUGUGAAUCGACUAUUCCAUUGCAACUUUCUGGUCUUCGCCAUGCCAUUCUUAUAGGUGACGAGCGCCAACUUCCUGCCAUGGUUCAAAGCAAGAUUUCUGAGGAAGCUGAAUUCGGGAGGAGUUUGUUUGAGAGAUUGGUAAUACUGGAACACGAGAAACACCUUCUGAAUACGCAGUAUAGGAUGCACCCAUCUAUAAGCUUCUUCCCAAAUAAAGAGUUCUAUGAUAUGCGAAUUCAGGAUGCUUCAAAUGUCAAAGAAAGAAACUAUCAGAAACAAUUCCUUCAAGGCAAUAUGUAUGGCCCUUACUCAUUUAUUAAUGUAGCCAAUGGGAAAGAGCAAUCCAAUGACGGCCGCAGCAAGAAAAAUUUGGUGGAGGUUGCUGUAGUUUCAGCAAUAGUUGCAAGCCUUUUUAAAGAAUUUGAAAGGGCAAGAAAGAGGAUGAGCAUAGGAGUCAUAUCACCAUACAAUGCUCAAGUGCAUGCAAUUCAAGAAAAAAUUGGAAAUACUUACAGUGCAUUUAGUGACUUUGCUGUAAAUGUUCGGUCUGUGGAUGGAUUUCAAGGCAGCGAGGAGGAUGUUAUCAUUAUCUCUACAGUCAGAUGCAAUGCAAGUGGAUCAGUGGGUUUUCUUUCCAAUCGCCAAAGGGCAAAUGUUGCGCUGACCCGUGCACGGUACUGCCUCUGGAUACUGGGAAAUGGAGCAACUCUUGUCAACAGUGGCUCUAUUUGGAAGAAAUUGGUUACCGACGCGAAGGAACGAGGAUGUUUCUACAAUGCUGAUGAGGAUAAAAGCUUGUCCAAGGCAAUAAUGGAUGCCUUGUUAGAGUUGGACCAACUUGAUGAUUUGUUGAAUGGCAAUUUUCUACUUUUCAGAAAUGCAAGAUGGAAGCUUUGCUUCAGUAACAACUUUCGGAAAUCUAUUACGAAAGUGGGAAAUGAGGCUCGUCAGGAAGUGAUUUCUUUGUUGGCAAAGCUUUCAAGUGGCUGGCGUCAAUCUCCUGAAGAGAGAAACAUCAUUGUCCUACACGGAACU